AUGGCCACUGAACUACAUGCAGACCAACCUAACCAGGCCCGUACGGUCUUUGUGACCGGAGCAAAUGGAUAUAUAGGCGCCUCAGUGUGUCGAGCAUUUGUCGGAGCGGGCUGGAGAACGUUUGGCCUUGUUCGGAAGCUCGAGGCAGUGGAUGACCUGGUGGCGGCUGAAGUAAUACCUGUUGUGGGUGAUUUUGCAGACCUCAGCUUCCUCGACUCGGUCUAUGAAAAGGCAAUUGUUUUUGAUUGUAUUAUCAGUUGUACCGAGAGCCUCUCAGGAUAUUCAGAUCAUUUCCUCAACGUUAUGUCGCUGGUCAAGGUCUUGGCUGAGAGGAGCAAGCGGAAUGGGGUUCGCUCCUUAGUUCUUUGGUCCUCUGGUUGCAAGGAUUACGGGACAACAGAUGUUCAUGGAUCACCUACAUUAUUUCCGCAUACUGAGACAUCCCCCACCAAUCCUCCCCAGUUUCUUCGCCAAAGGACUGAGAACUGCCUUCGUAUAUUUGAUUACAGCGAUAUCUUCGAUGCUGCUCUUCUCCGGCCCACAAGUGUAUUUGGUAGAAGCGGCAGUUAUUAUGGAGCCAUGUUGUCUUGGGUUGCGGUUGAAGCAGCGGCCAAGGCCAACACGCUGAAAAUCCCAGUCAACCCUGACAGCAUCAUGCAUGCAACUCAUGUCGACGAUUGUGGCGCGGCUUACUUAGCGAUUGCUGCUCACGCAAAUCGAAAAGAGGUUGCGGGGAAGACAUUUAAUAUAUCGGGAUAUCGGUAUGAGACCGCAAGAGAGGUGGGGGAAGCUCUGGCAAAGGAGUAUGGGUUUAAAGGCGGGGUAGAAUUCGUUCCUCUUGCUGAAGCAGCAUCGUCAUUUCCUGAAGGGCUACAAAUUGUUUUUAACUUUAGCCAAUGGGUCAGCAGCGAACAUAUUCGCCAGCUUACGGGCUGGAAGGAUCAUCGCCCAUUAUUCUCGCAAAAUUUGAGUACCUAUCGACAGGCCUAUGAGGCAGCUCACAGGCGAGGAAAUAGUAACAUUCUGGCUAUCGAGAGCAGAAUGAGUAAUAACUUUGGGAGGUAUGGGUCAGAGUAUUAG